GUUGCCUCCGUUCAAGUUCUCUCUAUCUCAUUUUCUCCCUCGCCCACUUCGUCUGCGGGGGAAUCAGAGACAGGUAUUUAUGGUAUUCUUUGAUUUAUUUUCGCAUAAUAAUGUCCUACGAAGACGACGAUUAUUUCCUCCCACUCGAAGACCAGCGCGUCUUUGGCGCAGGCAUCCGGAGGAAGCGCGUGCAAUUCGUCCCCUCCGCAGAGACUCUCAACACUACAGACGAUGUCUCGAAUGCUUCUCAAGCAGCGCGCCAGUCAAGUGAACCUGCUGCAAGUAUUGCAGAUCGAUAUCUAUCUAUCGUACUUCCAAAGGAAGCAAAAACACCAUCAAAAUCAGAAGACACACAGCGGGAACAGACUAAGGAGUUAGAAGAAGAAGAGGCCCUCAGAUCCUCCGCGCCACCAUCACUGCCCACCACAACCAUAUCGCCGUCGCAGGACCUAUCCUCGCUCAAAGGACCAGCUUCUACACCAGAGACCGCAGAACGAUGCGAAGUCUGCAACCUUCCUCUCGUCCCCGCAGUCUCGCAAACGGCCUCCUCGUCGUCUGACGGGAAGAAGAUCCUCCCUCAUGAAGCUUCUCUCGUGCACCAGCUCUGUCUCUCACACUCUCACCCUCCCUCCCACCUCGAUCGUACACGACAUGGUCUGCGCUACCUAGAAUCAUACGGCUGGGAUCCCGAUAGUAGACUUGGUCUUGGCGCGCCAGGACGAGAAGGGAUUCGAGAACCGAUCAAGAGCCGCGUGAAGAACGAUACCGUCGGAUUAGGCGUCAAGAUUGACCCGCUCAAGGCUAAAGCGUCCGCGAAGGAGGCCAAGGUGCAGAAGUUGAAUGCGAAGGAGGUGAGGAAGAUGGAGAUGGAAGGGAAGAAGAAACGGGAGCGGUUGCAGGAAAUGUUUUAUCGGAAUGAGGAUAUCGAGCGGUAUUUGGGAGGCGGUGGUCGUGUUCAAGGUUUGAGAUGAUAUCGAAUUGGGACGGGUGAAUUGCAUAUUUUGCUGUUCCAUGGCAUUGUUUACAUUGUAUAUACGAUUGUGGUUCUUUGGCUUUUGUUAUGAUACCCCAUACAGUUAUUUGAGUUUUUUUAUUUUUUUUUUUUUUUUU